GUUCCUAUUAAGCUGCUUCCAAUAAAUCAACCUAUUGAGGAAGAGUGCACGCUUUAUUAUAAACUCAUUCAUUAUUAUCCUGUGCGCAUUCAUGAAGUAUUCAAUAAAAGAUACCAGAUUGCUGCUAAUAUUAGAUAGGGAACAAGCUUAAUAGUGUGGUUGGCAUAGGACCUUCAUUAAUGGUGCUGGCUCCCGCCGCGCUAUGUUGCAGUCAAAGUCAACAUGAAUAGUUUUUCAAGCUGAAAAUUACUCAGCACAUUACGAAAGGGGACCCUCACCACGAGGGUCGGUACUUUGUUCGUACCUUGGUCGAUUCUUUCGAUGUCCAAGGACCCCAUGGCACCCAUGUCUGUAUGGUCUUUGAGCCCCUCGGCGAACCUCUUUGGAUAUUGAAGGCUCGAUUUCAGGGGAACGUCAUCCCACCAGACACCCUCAGACUGGUCUCUAAAAUGAUCAUAGAAGGCCUCGACUAUCUUCACUCUCAAUGUCCGGUUAUUCAUACAGAUUUAAAACCCGAUAAUGUAUUAAUGGCUCUCCGUGAGCAUAGCAGGCUACAUCUGGUUGCUCAAGACGAAAUCCAGGAACCCUUGCCUCAGAAAGGACUACAAGAUCGGACAAUAUACUUAUCACGGAAUUACUUUGGUCUUCAAGGUCAGGAAAUUGGCAGACCGGUAAUCACUGACUUUGGACUUGCGGUGCGCGGAGAUCAACGUUCUUUCUACCAUCAUUCUAUCCAGCCAGAUGAAUAUCGCGCUCCCGAGGUCAUCCUUGACGCAGGGUGGAGUUACAGCGUUGACAUUUGGAAUCUGGGGGUUUUGAUCUGGGAUUUGCUCGAAGGAAGUGGCCCCUUUGAUAUGGCAAAGUCUGGAAUGGAGACGCACUCUGUUGAAAGACAUUUGGCUCGUAUCAUCGCUUUGAUUGGCCCCCCUCCUAUGGACCUUCUUCAAGAUGGAAAGGAAAGCAGUCGAUAUUUUGACAAUAAAGGGAGAUUCAAAUUUCCAGACCUUAUACCGGAAUGCCGUGGGAUGGAGGAUUCAUUAACCUCCCUUGAAGGGCAAGAUAAGAGAAUGUUCCUGGAUUUUGUUUCAAGGAUGGUUCAGUGGCGACCAGCAGAUCGGAGUAAGCCGGAAGAGUUGCUCUUAGAUCCUUGGCUUCGUCAACCAUAGAGAGUGUUACUUUUCAAUCCAUCUUCGGAUUGUCAUUAUCAACAUUAUUGGACUGAUGGUG